UACUUGGAACACAACAGCAAUAUACUUGCAAACACAUUUUAGCAGCUGCGCUUGCUCUGUGCACUGGGAAUUAUAAAGAGGAAAUUAUUACUGAACAACAAUUUAAUGUCAUUCUAAAGAAUAUUCAUGAAGAUACAAUAUGCAGUCCCUGAAGUAUAGUUUAACACAAAAUAUUUUUGCAGCUGAAAUUAAAAAUGUCAAAUCCUUUUAUACUAUAGUGAAAGCUAUUAAUUUCAAGGAGAAUGCAACAUUUAGAGCUAUGAAAGAAGGAAUUAAAAUUACCGUUGAAGAUUCUAAAUGUAUACAAUGCUCAGCUUACAUUCCGAGUGAUUGUUUUUCACUGUAUCAUCUUAAUACUAAUAAUUGUGACGAAAAUGAAAUAAGAUUUAUGUUAAAUCUGAAUAUAUUCACAGAAUGUUUAAAUAUGCUACCACUGGGCGAAGAUUUUUGUACUCUAAAAAUGUAUUUCAAGAAUGAGAGAUCACCGCUUAUUCUUAUUUUAGAGCAACAUUCAGAAGAUGACAUGUUGAUUGAAUGUAGUUUAAAAACAAUUGAUUGUGAAGAACUUCUUGAUUUUACAUCGACCGAAUCUUCGGUACUAAAUCUUGUUAUAUUCAAAGGAGAUAUUCUUACAACAUUAUUCAGUGAUGCUGAUAACAAUUCAGAUUACGUCGAAAUUUAUUUAAGUCCAGAAACCCCACAUAUGAAAAUUACAUUUAAGGGAAAAACAGAAGAAUCACAAGUUGAAAUUCCAAAUACUUCUGAUGCUAUUGAAACAUUUCGGUGUUCUACAUCAGCAACAUCACGCUAUAAGAACUCUUUUAUUAAAUUGAUGACACGUGGUUUAAAAUUAUCAAACAAGGUGAGCUUGAAAACUGAUGAAGAUGGAUUACUGUCUAUUCAAAUCAUGAUAGUUACGGAACAUGAUACGAUGUAUAUUCAAUAUUUUAUUACGCCAUUGAUUGAUGAAGAAUAGAAAUCUCCUUGUAUUAUAGAAAUCAUUUGAAGAUAUGCAUCAAGUAUACUAUACAUUAUGCAUUUUUUUGCAUAAUAAUAUUUGGAUGGUCUUUUGCAAAGGUCCACAUGAAACUUUAAGAUUAUUGUAAUGACCAUGGUUGUGACAAGUUUGUAAACGAUAUGCAUUUCGAAUUAAGUUAUAUAUUGAUAUAUAGCUGGGUUGAGGAACGAUAUAGCUCU